AUGAGUAAAAUUCUAAAAAACGAAGAAAAGGAUGGAAUAAGUGAAAGCCCAUCAAAUUGCACUUACUGUUAUACUCUGGAAUGUUCUCUAAGAAUUGAGUCCACAUCAUCAACCAAGAAAAAAACUCCAAUAAAUUCGAAAAAUGCAAUUUUAACAGUCGGAAGGAAUGCUCAUAGAAAAAUCCAUUUACGAAUCGAACUAAAGACGACAUCAAGCGGACAACCGGCUGUUGUCAGUUACGAUGCCACAGAUGCAGUUGUUCAUCUUCAAAAUGUGGCAAAUGGAAAGUGUACAGUAGAAAUUCCAUCGUUAUCGUUGAUGUUCCAAAUGUUCAACUGUGCACCUCGAAAAUUGAAUGUUUUUAUGAAGUCGCUGCAAGCGAAAUUGGAUAUAAUGAAAAUGGAUAAUCAGUCGUUAUCUGCGUUACCAAAGCAGUUCUCUCGUCCACCGGUCGUGUUCAAUGUUCUCAGUCCUUUGUCAGUUGGAGAAAUGAGAAGAGUCAAAAAAAUGCGUGAGCCAUCUUCUCUCGUCACGAAUCCUCUUACCGAUAAUUCAAAGUUAUCUACUUCUACGACCCCAAAACGAAGAAAUUCUUCAAUGAAUUUAGCCGAGGGACUCCAAACUAGAAUUAUAAAUAGAUCGAUUGGAUUGAAAAGAAUGACAAGUUUUGCAAGAGACGACCGAGAAAAGGCAGAGGUUCUGACCUCUUUGAAACCACUGAAAGAUGCUCCAUCAAUAGCGGAACGGAUUCAAUUAUCUGAUGAACAGAAAUCAGUUGUUAGAUGUGUGAUAAAUUCCCGUUCCAGUGUAUUUUUCACUGGAUCAGCUGGAACUGGAAAAUCUGUGAUUCUGAGAAGGAUAAUUGAAAUGCUUCCAGCUGGAAAUACAUAUAUUACAGCAGCAACAGGUGUGGCCGCUUCACAAAUCGGUGGAAUCACUCUUCAUGCGUUUUGCGGAUUUCGAUACGAGAAUUCUACAGCUGAUCAGUGCCUUCAACAAGUUUUGAGACAACCUCAUAUGGUUAAACAAUGGAAACAAUGUUCUCAUUUGAUAAUUGAUGAAAUUUCAAUGAUCGAAUGUGACUUUUUCGAAAUCCUGGAAUAUGUUGCACGAGUUGUUCGUAACAAUGAUCAUCCAUUUGGUGGAAUUCAAUUGAUUAUUACUGGAGAUUUCUUCCAAUUACCACCAGUUACUAAAGAUAAUGAUCCCACUUUUUGUUUUGAGAGCGAAGCUUGGGACCGUUGUAUCCAAAAAACUAUUGUUCUGAAAAAUGUCAAAAGGCAAAAUGACAAUUUAUUCGUUAAAAUUCUAAAUUUGGUCAGAAUGGGAAAAUGCGACCAGAAGUCUGCUGAUCUUCUCAAACAAUCCUCAAAAAAUGAGUUUGCAUCUCAUGUUAUUCCUACAAGAUUAUGUACUCACUCUGAAGAUGCUGAUCGUAUUAAUCAGCAGUCAUUAAAUGAAACAAAAGGAGAACAGAAGAUUUUUCAUGCUUACGAUGACAACGAAUUCGAUUCGAAAAUUCGAACUUUAGCUGUCAAAAAAUUGAUUCUAAAAGUUGGAUCACAAGUCAUGCUUAUCAAGAAUCUGGAUGUCAAUAAGGGACUUUGUAACGGAUCGAGAGGAUUCGUUGAGAAAUUUUCUGAAAAUGGGAAUCCAAUUAUCCGAUUCGUUUCACAAGAUGUCUCGAUUGAGAUUCGCCGCUCAAAAUUCUCGAUUCGAGUUCCCGGAUGUGAUGCUCCAUUCGUUCGUCGCCAGCUUCCGCUUCAAUUAGCAUGGGCAAUAUCUAUUCAUAAAUCACAGGGAAUGACAUUAGAUUGUGCCGAAAUAUCACUGGAAAGAGUGUUUGCUGACGGACAAGCAUAUGUUGCGUUGUCAAGAGCAAGAUCUUUAUCGGCUAUUCGAAUUAUUGGAUUCGAUAUUUCUUGUGUAAGAGCUAAUUCAAAGGUCAUUGACUUCUACAAAUCGAUCGAAAAUAACUACGAUGAAGACGAUGACGAUUUUUCUAGGCCAUCUUCAAAAAUUAAAAGAUUCCGAUCACUCUAA